GGGGAACUUUUUCCCCUUCUUCAGGCUCGGGGAAAGGGAAUGCCCAAUUCCGAGAGACAUGGGGGUAAGAAGGACGGGAGCGGAGGAGCUUCUGGAACUUCGCAGCCGUCAUCGGGAGGUGGCAGCUCCAACAGCAGGGAGCGUCACCGCUUGGUGUCGAAGCACAAGCGGCAUAAGUCCAAGCACUCCAAAGAUACGGGGUUAGUGACCCCCGAAGCAGCAUCUUUGGGUACAGUAAUCAAACCUUUGGUGGAGUAUGAUGACAUCAGCUCGGAUUCAGACACCUUCUCGGAUGACAUGUCCUUCAAAUUAGACAGGAGGGAGAAUGAUGAGCGUCGUGGAACGGAUCGGAGUGACCGCCUGCACAGACAUCGUCACCACCAGCACCGGCGGUCUCGAGACUUGCUAAGAACUAAGCAGACCGAGAAAGAAAAAAACCAGGAAGUCUCCAAAUCUGGGUCCACGAAGGACCGGAUAUCAGGAAGUUCAAAGCGUUCAGCGGAGGGGAGUGAUGACUAUGGGAAGGCACAAGUAUCCAAAAGCAGCAGCAAGGAAUCCAGGUCAUCCAAACUCCACAAGGAGAAGACCCGGAAAGAACGUGAGUUGAAGUCUGGGCACAAGGACCGGAGUAAAAGUCAUCGGAAAAGGGAAACACCCAAAAGUUACAAAACGGUGGAUAGCCCCAAACGGAGAUCCAGGAGUCCGCAUAGGAAAUGGUCUGACAGUUCCAAGCAAGAUGACAGCCCUUCAGGAGCGUCUUAUGGCCAAGACUACGACCUUAGCCCCCCAAGGUCUCACACUUCUAGCAAUUAUGACUCUUACAAGAAGAGUCCUGGGAGUACCUCAAGAAGGCAGUCAGUCAGCCCACCUUACAAAGAGCCUUCUGCUUACCAGUCCAGCGCUCGCUCACCCAGCCCCUAUAGUAGACGACAGAGGUCUGUGAGUCCCUAUAGCCGAAGACGGUCAUCCAGCUACGAAAGGAGCGGCUCUUACAGCGGGAGAUCACCCAGUCCCUACGGUCGAAGGCGAUCUAGCAGCCCUUUCUUGAGCAAGAGGUCUCUGAGUCGGAGUCCUAUCCCCAGUAGGAAAUCCAUGAAGUCCAGAAGCAGAAGUCCUGCAUAUUCAAGACACUCUUCUUCUCAUAGUAAAAAGAAGAGAUCCGGGUCACACAGCCGUCAUUCCAGUAUCUCACCUGUCAGGCUUCCAUUGAAUUCCAGCCUGGGAGCUGAACUCAGUAGGAAAAAGAAGGAAAGAGCAGCUGCUGCAGCAGCAGCAAAAAUGGAUGGAAAAGAUUCCAAGGGUUCACCCAUCACUCUGACUAAAAAAGAUAAAGUUGAGGUUAAGGAGUCAGUGUUAGAGUCUAAAAAGUUACCCAGAGGUAUAAAGUCAGAAAAAUCUAUCCCAGAUACUGAACUGAUAAAUGUAGCACAUUCAAACACAGAGGUAAAAAAUUGUUUAGAUGUAGGUAAAGUUAAGUUGGAUGAGAACCUGCAGAAGCAUCCUGUUCUUAAGGAUUUGAAAGCUCAGGGAGUAAAAGACACUAAACCUGUAGCACUGAAGGAGGUGAUUGUUACUUCUAAGGAGACAGAGACGUCAGAAAAGGAGGCCCUUCCACCUCUCCCCACAAUUACUUCUCCACCCCCUUUACCAUCUACUACCCCUCCACCUCAGGCACCCCCUUUGCCACCUUUGCCUCCACUACCAGCUAUUCCAAUGCAGCCACCUCUGCCUCCUCCCCAACCACCAUCUAGUCAAGCUCCUGUUUCUAGUGCUUCAACUUUGCCCUCUUCUCCUCGCCCAAGGACAUCUACUCUGUGCUCUCAGACAAAUUCUCAGCCCCCUGUACAGGUUUCUGUGAAGACUCAAGUAUCUGUAACAGCUGCUAUUCCACAUCUGAAAACUUCAACAUUGCCUCCUCUGCCCCUCCCUCCCUUGUUACCUGGAGAUGAUGAUAUGGAUAGUCCAAAAGAAAUGGUUCCAUCAAAGCCCGCAAAGAAAGAGAAGGAGCAGAGAACUCGCCACCUACUCACCGAUUUGCCUCUUCCUCCUGAGCUGCCAGGUGGUGAUCCAUCUCCCCCAGAUUCUCCAGAGCCAAAGGUGAUUACGCCUCCUCAACAACCGUAUAAAAAGAGACCAAAAAUUUGUUGUCCUCGUUAUGGAGAAAGAAGACAAACAGAAAGUGAUUGGGGGAAGCGAUGUGUGGAUAAAUUUGACAUUAUUGGGAUUAUUGGAGAAGGAACGUAUGGCCAAGUAUAUAAAGCCAAGGACAAAGACACAGGAGAACUAGUAGCUCUGAAGAAGGUUCGACUAGAUAAUGAGAAAGAGGGCUUCCCAAUCACAGCCAUCCGAGAGAUCAAAAUCCUUCGUCAGUUAGUACAUCGAAGUGUUGUUAACAUGAAGGAAAUUGUUACAGACAAACAAGAUGCACUGGAUUUCAAGAAAGACAAAGGUGCCUUUUACCUUGUAUUUGAAUAUAUGGACCAUGACUUAAUGGGACUACUAGAAUCAGGUUUGGUGCACUUUUCUGAGGACCAUAUCAAGUCAUUCAUGAAACAGCUAAUGGAAGGAUUGGAUUACUGUCACAAAAAGAAUUUCCUCCAUCGGGAUAUUAAAUGUUCUAACAUUUUGCUGAAUAACAGUGGACAAAUCAAACUAGCAGAUUUUGGACUUGCUCGGCUAUAUAACUCUGAAGAAAGUCGCCCUUACACAAACAAAGUCAUUACUUUGUGGUAUCGACCUCCAGAACUGCUACUGGGAGAGGAGAGAUACACACCAGCCAUUGAUGUUUGGAGCUGUGGAUGUAUCCUUGGGGAAUUGUUCACAAAGAAACCUAUUUUUCAAGCCAAUUUGGAACUGGCUCAGCUAGAACUGAUCAGUCGUCUCUGUGGUAGCCCUUGUCCAGCAGUGUGGCCUGAUGUUAUCAAGCUGCCCUACUUCAACACAAUGAAACCGAAGAAGCAAUAUAGGAGACGUCUAAGAGAAGAAUUCUCUUUCAUUCCUUCAGCAGCUCUUGAUUUAUUGGACCACAUGCUGACACUUGAUCCUAGCAAGCGUUGCACAGCUGAACAGACCCUGCAGAGUGACUUCCUUAAAGAUGUGGAACUCAGCAAAAUGGCACCUCCAGACCUACCUCACUGGCAGGAUUGCCAUGAAUUGUGGAGUAAGAAACGUCGACGCCAGCGACAAAGUGGUGUUGUAAUAGAAGAGCCACCUCCGCCCAAAGCUUCUCGAAAAGAAACUACCUCAGGGACAACAGUUGAGCCUGUGAAGAACAGCAGCCCAGCACCACCUCAGCCUGCUCCUGUCAAGGCAGAGCCUGCUCCUGGGGAUGCAGUAGGUCUUGGCGACAUCACACAGCAGCUGAAUCAAAGUGAAUUGGCAGUCUUAUUAAAUCUGCUACAGAGCCAAACUGACCUGAGCAUCCCUCAAAUGGCACAGCUGCUUAAUAUCCACUCCAACCCAGAGAUGCAACAGCAGCUGGAAGCCUUGAAUCAAUCUAUUAGUGCACUGACUGAAGCCAGUUCCCAGCAGCAGGACUCAGAAUCCAUAGCCCCAGAGGAAUCAUUGAAGGAGGUAUCCUCUGUAUCAGUGGUCAUGCCUUCAGCAGAACAGACAACUCCUGAAGCUUCAAAUACACCAGCUGACAUGCAGAAUAUGUUGGCAGUUCUCUUGAGUCAGCUGAUGAAAACCCAAGAGCCAGCAGGUGACCUGGAGGAAAACACCAGUGACAAGAAUAGUGGGCCACAGGGACCCCGAAGAACUCCUACAAUGCCACAGGAGGAGGCAGCAGCAUGUCCUCCUCACAUUCUUCCACCAGAGAAGAGGCCCCCUGAGCCCCCUGGACCUCCACCGCCGCCACCUCCACCCCCUCUGGUUGAAGGCGAUCUUUCCAGCGCCCCCCAGGAGUUGAAUCCCGCCGUGACAGCCGCCUUGCUGCAACUUUUAUCCCAGCCUGAAGCAGAGCCUCCUGGCCACCUGCCACAUGAGCACCAGGCCUUGAGACCAAUGGAGUACUCCACCCGAUCCCAUCCAAACAGGACUUAUGGAAACACUGAUGGGCCUGAAGCAGGUUUCAGUGCCGCUGACACUGAUGAACGCAGUUCUGGUCCAGCCUUGACAGAAUCUUUGGUCCAGACCCUGGUGAAGAACAGGACCUUUUCAGGCUCUGUGAGCCACCUUGGGGAGUCCAACAGUUACCAGGGCACAGGAUGGCAGCAACAGAAAUGACCCCUGAAGAACUCGGGGACAUCCGUCAGUUACCUUGCAUCCAGAGCCUGUCAAACAGUCUCAUCCACAAUACUUGAAGCCAGGUUCAGUGGAAGAUUCUACCUAUCCAGAUACUGCCUGAGGCACCCGAAGUAGAGACCUGCAGCCUGCCUCCUCUGUCUUCAGUACUCAGAACCAGCACCUCCACCUUCCUUCCCUGCUAGUAGAUAAUGGAAUCCAAGACCCAGAGAGGAAGAACCAAUUGAAUCCUGCUCUGAAGUUGCUUUAUGUUUUGGAUUUGGAGAGUUCCUGGGAGCACAGGGCAAGACAAAUUAGGUAGGUAAGGAGGGAAGAAAGCCAAACGAAAACUAUAAGCAUGAUGUUCUGUCCUCCACGUGUCAAGUGACUCUUGUCACGGUCUCCUGAGUGCUGGAAGCAGGUUAGGAAGACCCAGCAGGUGCAGCUAAUAAGAGAUGUGAUAUGGGAACAUCCCCCUUUGUGCAGCCUGUUCAGAGGACAUUAUCCAUCUUUGCCUCCAACCCCUCUCUAUAGGAUUUUGCCUUGUUUGUGGUGGCACACGCCUUUAAUCCUCCACUCAGGAGGCAGAGGCAGGCAGAUCUCUGUGAGUUCAAGAGCAACCUGGUCUACAGAGCAAGUUCCAGGACAGGCUCCAAAGCUACACAGAGAAACCCUCACUUGAAAAGCUAAAGAGAGAAAAAAGAAAGGAAUUCAUGCAGUAUUCUGGCCUUGGAGUCUUAGACCCCUUCUGGCUCUUGUAGUGUUGAUUUAUCCUAAAGAGAAGGACACAUUUUCCAGUUGUCUAUAUCCCCCAUUCCGUUAUUUCCUUCACUGCUCAUAUGCUAGGGGCAGGGAAAGAAGGAUGAAUGGAGGUAAACAGAGGACUUUCCUACCAAGUUGCCAAAGGUGGUAUUCUCAGCAUUCUUUUCUUUUCUCAAAAUCUUCAACAUUCGUUGAUCUGUGGAGGCUAAACUGGGCUGGAGGCAAGAAUAGGAUGCAGGGUUAGUAGGCAAUACCAAUAGAAUUUGCCACACUCUCCAGCUCUCAUUCUUAACUUCCUUCCAUCCCUAGAACUGUCUUCGAUAAGCUUAGUAAUCUGUUUUUACACUCAGGUCUUUGAGAAAAGCAGGAUCUGAUCUACCUUAGACUGUCAGAGGCAGUCAUGGUCUGUUACUUACAGACAGGGUGAGAGGCCCUCAUAUCUCCCUAGGAUGAUCUGAUAAAAAAAAAAAAAAAAAAAAAAAAAAAAAAAAAAAAACAAAAAAAAAAACCUUCUAGACCCCUUCCUGCUUCCAAGGGCCUCAGGGCAGUCCAUAGCUGGAAAUUGUGACAAAGGCUGUGCCAAAGGCUGUCCUGUCAGGGAGAUGAGGAAGAAGAGAAUAUAGGAUGUCCACAUUUUAGAACUGAGACCUAGGGCUGGAGAGAUGGUUUAGCCAUUAAAGGCUAGGCUCACGGGGGCUGAGGAGAUGGGUCAAUGGUCAAGAGCACUGACUCUUCUUCCAGAGGUCCCAAGUUCAAUUCCCAGCAGCCACAUGGUGGCUCACAACCAUCUAUAAUGAGAUCUGGUUCUUCCGGUAUGCAGGCAGAACACUGCAUCAUAAUAAUAUACAUAAGAAUCGUAAUCAUUUAAAAAAAAAAGAAAGGCUAGGCUCACAACCAAAAAUUUAAGAACUGAGAACUAUAAUUCACCUGUGGAACUGGCUGCUCAAUGUAGUUGAGGACAUUCAAAGUGAAUACUGUGUGGGGAUAGGUGGCUCUUCACGGAGCUGUUGUUUCUAGUCUGCAACACAGAGCAGUGAAGAUUAGCACACAACAAAGGAGGGAAGGUAACUACUUCUGUAUACAAGCCUGCUACUCUCCUUUUUGCUCUUGGUAAUUGGUUCACAGUGUACUGGCAGCAUAGGGAAGCAUUCACUCUACAUUCUGGAUGUUCUCUGAGGAAUAGAGCUGCUCUAAUUCUACCAGGUCUGCCAUUUACUCUCAAGGUUGUCCUGGGGUCUUAGAUCUAUAGCCUUAAGUCCAUGGCUAGAACCUGCUCUGAAGUCCAGAAUAAACUCAGGCUCUUUGUAGAAAAAUACUUAGAUAGGACAUACAUAUGGUAGCAGUAUCCAGAAUUCCCUGUCUUCUAGAAUAAGUCAGCAUUGGCCUAGCAUUUAGAUUUUACUCUAAUGAGGCCUCUUUCUUCCUUUUCCCUUCAGUUUUCCCAUGGGUUUAGAGUAGAUCUGGAAAUCUGAACCUCUUACCCUGCUAUUAUUAUACAAACUGGGCGAUGGUGGUGCACGCCUUUAAUCCCAGCACUCAGGAGGCAGAGGCAGGCAGAUCUCUGUGAGUUCAAGAGCAGCCUGGUCUACAAGAGCUAGUUCCAGGACAGGCUCCAAAGCCACAGAGAAACCCUGUCUUGAAAAACAAAAAAAGAAAGAAAAAGAAAGGAAGGAAGGAAGGAAGGAAGGAAGGAAGGAAGGAAAGAAAAGAAAAGAAAGCUAUUAUAACAUUAUAACAGAUCUCCCUGUAUCUUGCAGAGCCAUAGACAGAAAGGAAAGCAGAGAAAGGCAUUGACAGAGGUACCAGUGCUAUGGUGCCAAAAAGAAACAACGGGCCAGAGAUGAAGCCAGGAGGAGAUGUCUGCUUCUGAAACAGCAUUCUUGCCCCAUCUUCUUCCUUUUACAUGCCGCUGAGGUGAUAGGACCAAGUGUGCCAGCUCCCCUGGCUGGUGCGCCUGUUCCACUGUUCAGGCAGCCAGGACUCUGCCCUGCACAGAGCACAUACUAGGAUCUCACACUCUGUUGCUCACUCAUCUCUGUCUGUGUUGCAGAUUCCUAAGGAUGAAAUAGAGGUUGUAGCCCUGUGGUAGAACAUUGGUGUACACUGGGGCUCACUGGAUACAUACUUGUCUGUCUGUAGGAGGGGGUGGAAGAAGCUGCUGCAGCUCAGCAGAGCUUGAGGUUCUGGUGACUCACAGUAAUGGGGGUGGUUCAUGAAAACAACAGAGGGGAAGGGGGAUCAAGUCUGCUAGAGUUUUCUUUUGCCCCAGUCCUGCCCACUCUGAGCUCUAUAGAUGAAAAAUCUCUCAUUGAGAUUAGGAGAUGUUCCAGCUAUGAAAGAAAGGGAGAGAUGAGAAACAAGUAAGCAGGAGAUACUGAAUUUUCCUAGUGAAGAAAGACUGAGGCAUCACCUGCUAUCUCCACAGGCUACAUGGAGAAUAUUUGACACCCGUUGUGUCAGGGCAGCCCAGAAAUCCUGGGUUCCUUCCUAAAGAGAGGUUUUCCUGGCAAACAGCUAUUACUAUUGUUCCUCAGUAGCCUGCCUAGGCCUUUGUAUAUCCAGCUAACAUAAAACUUGGGGCAAGGGGGGUGUUGUUUAUUUGUUAUUGAGACAGUCUGAUUAUGGAGCUGGCCCAAGCCGGCCUCCAAAGUCUCCCAAUGUGCUGUAACUAUAAGCAUGUACUACCAUGCCUAAUGCCAGAAAUUUCUUUUUAAAGAUUAUUUUAUGUGCAUGGGUGUUUUGCCUGCAUGUAUGUCUGUAUGUGAAAUGUGUGUCUGGUGACUGUGCGGUGGCCAGAAGCGAGCAGCAGAUUUUCUGGAACUGGAGUUACAGAUGGUUGUGAGAUGCCAUGUGGGUGCUGGGAACUGAACCUGCAUCUCUGCAAGAGCAGCAAAUGCUCUUAACCACUCUGCCAUCUCUUCAGCCACAAUUUCUUAAUAGAAAAACAAAAACAAAGCAAAUACUACUACAAGGCCAGACCCAAGAAGGAUUGCCACCUGUGCUUAGUGCUCUCCUCACUAGAAUCAGACAGGCACCUUGGACCAGAGAAGCAUCUAGAGACACUUAGACUGCUGAACAGGGUAUUGAUACAGGCUGGGAAGUGACUGCAGCCACCGAUGUUCAGAAGUGCUGGCGUUGUUCUCCCUCACUGGUCAGAUAUGCAUCUCCAUUCUCUCUCAGUCCGUGACUGGAAUUGACAAAAAGAACAACAGAGAUUUUGGAUACUGGUAUAUCUAGGUACAUGAUAAUAAACACCCUGACCUCUGGCCUCAUAGAAGAGAGGCUUGGGCGGGUAUUCUGUGAUAGAUUAUGAGUUCUUGUUUGUCUUUUUCUGUUCCUUUUAUUGUUGGAAGCUCUACUUUCUAACUAGAAUGAGGGUGCUCUUCCCAUCUACUGGUGAUCCAGAAAUGACUUUGGUUGGACAAGGACGGAUUAACUAUUCUUCACGCAGGAAGAUGAGCUGAGAGAUAGCUGAAUUUGAAUUGUUUCUACCACUGAAUAUCACAGGAUAUGAAUUAUAUUCCCAGCCUCUGCUGCCCAGCUUGACUCCACUACUGCCUUUGGAUUGGGAAGCUCUCAUCAGCCCCUGCAAGUAUACCCAGGCCUGAACUGCCAUGUUUGUGGCAUCAAGACCCUGCUCUGGAGUAGAGGGCGGCUUUAGAGGUGCAACUGGGGCCUUGGCCCUAAAUGUGUGUAUGCCUGUGCAUUGGGCACACUGGUUUAUUAGUGUUAUUUCAGCAUUGUGAUGCAGAGAGAGUAAGUGUAACAGCUGCUCCUUGCUUGCAGUGUUUAUUGUUACCUAGAGACAACCUCCUGGCUUUUUCCCAGAUUCCCCCCAAGCCCAGCCCCCUCCCUGCCCUGCCAACAAUCCUGUUCUCUCCACACUGAUGGGAAAUUUAUAGCUUGCCUAUAUCAUACCAUUAACUCUCUCCUGUCCAUAGGGUAUAUGGGUCAAGGGAAACCAAAGUGGAGAUUGGCAUGCUUUGGACCCAGAGUGAAAUAAUGUAUAAAGAACAGAGGGAGGAAGGAGAAUUAUCCUUCCAUUCUAUGUCCAAUUUUAGGCCCCAGUUCUGCAAUCCAAGUAGGUCUGACACUGCUUAGUUUCUGAGAUCAGAUGAGAUCAGUCACAUUUGCGGUGGUAGAGCCAUAACCCAGUUGAUCUCCUGGCUCUUGUAUGAGAAGAAAAGAAGAAAGAGUUUUGGAUCUGGUCUUGACAUCUUCCUGCCAAAAUUAUUCUCUUCCCUGACCAUCUCUUUAGUCCUUUAUUGGGUUGUCUAAAUGUGAGCAAAUACAGCAAGGUAGUUUUGGAAUGGAAGGGGAAUCCAGAGUGGCAGAAUCCAUAGCACCGCCUUCUUGUCUGAGCAAGGUAACUGGAUGUCACAUGGAGGCAGGAGGUUCUAGUUUGAGAAAUGCUGGCUAGACCACCACAAUGGAAUUGAUGUCAGACAUGAAGCCUGCUGUGGAGCCUGUUGGGAAAACAUUUACCUGCUAAGGUCUUAAGAGACUUCAGGCAUUCUUCCAGCUGGCUUUCUUGAUUUGGUUGGAGUUCUCUUCUUCUGCUUGUCUUUCAUGGUCCAUUUUCUUGAAUUGCUUCUAAUUUGAUACCUUCGGGUAGAUCCAAGUGACUGAGGAGAGAGAAGUGCCCUAUUCAUAAUCUCAGCAGAGACAGACAGAACCCCUGCCAUCUACUUAGUACUUUUCAUGGGGGAGAGCCAUGUACCUAUUCACCAUUCACAUGGAAGCAGAAGAGAGAGAAAAUGAUUUUAAUGAAAAAAAACUUACUCGUGGAAUGAAGUAGUUCUCUUCAUAAACUGUCCUGCCUAUAAUGAAUUUGUCUGUGCCUACCCAAGGAACAUUGAGUAACAUGAUUCUUUUUCCAGAUCUCCUUCACAUAGAUAGCCUCAGCACAGUUUCCUCACAGUGCAAUACUCUUUGAGACUUUGAAAUGUUGUUUUUAGGGUGGUUAGAUUGCAUUGUAGAGGCAUUCCUGGGUUCUGGUACCAGCCAUACUUCCCUAGUUUGAAAUGCAAACAGCAGUAAUCCCUUGAGAAGCCCACCUCCACAUUCUUGGGUAUGUCUUACAUUUUUGUUCAAGUGCCUUUCUUUCUUUAACUGCAGUGAUUAAAAUCUCUUAAUUCCAUUGUUUCAGAACAUUUUAAAAAAUAAAUGCAAAUAAACUAUUUUUCAAGAUUGUGACAAUUUCAUCAUAGUGUAUAAAGCCUAAUCCUCAAAAGGUCUCAGUCAGCAGUAUUUGAUACAUUCAAUUAUUAUUGGUUUUUGUCUGUUUUAUUUUUAUGUGUACGGGUGUUCUGCUUGUUUGUCUGUGAACCAUGUCUCUACCUGGUACCCACAGACAUAAGAAGCUGUCAUCAGAUCUCCUGGAACUGGAGAUACAGAUUUGUUAUAAGCUACCAUGUGGAUGCUAGGAGUCAUCCCAGGUCCAUUUCAAGAGUGAUAAGUGCUCCUAAUCCUGAGCCAUCUCUCCAGCCCCAAAUUCUACUGUCUUUAUGAACUUGCAGACCUGCCAUUGCUUUAAAGAUUGCAUGAUUGCCUGUAGAUUAUUUCUAUGUGUUUGUGUGUACAUACAACCUUGGGAGAUUGUCCAGACAUUUCUUCAUGAUAUGAAGGAAAGGUAGAAGUCCCCCUGUAGAGGAAGUAACCACAAUCCCUCUUUUCAGUUUUCCUAAUUUCUGUCCCUCUAUAGCCAAGAGAAAAGCCACUGUUUCCAGACUAUAUCUAAGCUUCAUUCAGGAUAGAUCUGAGAGCAGUAGCCAAUAAGAAGUAUAGCAACUAGCACUUAUCAGGUAUUUCAGUUUGUUAAAUGUAUUUAUAUACAUUAUCCUACUGUCUAUCCACCAGGCAUUUUACUGUGUGUAUUUUGUAUAUAUAUGUUUAAAGUCUAUUGUAUUACCUAGACUUACUGAAAUAUAGGGCUCACUUCCUAUUGUUUGUUUUAAAGAUUUACUUUGAUUUAUGUGUAUGAGUGUUUUCUUUCAUGUCUGAUGUCCACAGAGGCCAGAAGAAGGUGUUGGAUCACCUGGAACUCAAGUUACAGAUGAGUUUGAGCUGCCAUGUGGGUGCUGGGAAGCAAACCUGGGUCCUCUGCAAGAGCAAGUGCUUUUGCCAGAUUUGGUGACCCACACAUUUAAUAUCAGCAUUUGAGAGGCAGAGGCAGGUGGAUCUCUGUGAAUUUGAGGAGAGCCUACAAAGCAAAUGUCAGGAGAGCCAGGGCUACAAAGAGAAACCUUGUCUAGAAAAACAAAAUAAUAAGAAACAAGUGCUUAUGAUUGUUUUGACACAGGAUUUCUCCGUAUAGCCCUAGCUGUUCUGGAACUAGCUCUAGACCAGACUGGCCUCAAACACAGAUAUCCACCUGCCUCUGCCUCCUGAGUAGGAUUAAAGUCAUGCCUAAGUUUAAUUAAUUAAAGCUUUCAGACUGAAGAGA